AAAAAAAAUAAUAAUUCAGCCGUUUCUGUUUUGUUGACAUCUCAGUACGUUACCAACCGUUGAAGUUUUGGUCUGUUUUAAUGGCCUCAGGUUAUCGAAAAGCAGCUUCCUCAGCGAGCCAGAGGAAGAAGGCAGGUGUGAAGAUCGACCUCACUGAGGAGCAGAAGCAGGAGAUCAAGGAGGCUUUCGACCUGUUCGACACAGAGGGGUCUGGAUCUAUAGACGUGAAGGAGCUCAAGGUUGCCAUGAGAGCUCUCGGCUUUGAACCAAAGAAAGAAGAAAUCAAGAAAAUGAUCUCAGACAUCGAUAAAGAAGGAUCCGGAACAAUUGACUUCAGUGCCUUUCUCAGUAUGAUGACACUGAAAAUGGGGGAAAAGGAUUCCAAAGAAGAGAUCUUGAAAGCUUUUCGGCUGUUUGAUGAUGACGGCACUGGAAAAAUCUCGUUCAAAAAUCUGAAGAGAGUGGCUAAAGAGCUGGGGGAAAGCCUGACGGAUGAAGAACUACAGGAAAUGAUUGACGAGGCGGACCGAGACGGUGACGGUGAGGUGAGCGAGCAGGAGUUCUUGACGAUAAUGAAGAAGACCAAACUUUACUGAGCCUGUCGAUUGUGCCUUCUUCUUCUUCUUCUUCCUCUUGGACCUUUUGUUUUUUUUUUGAGAUUGACUUUCCAUUGGACAAUGUCUACAGUAGCAUUUCUACCACUUCGUGUGUAAAUAACUUUUUAAAACAUGCUGUUCAUCUUUGCACAGAUUUUUCUACACUGCAAGUCUAAUAAAUAUAUUUCAGCACA